CGCCGGUUGCCGGGGAGCCGCCGCCGAGGCCCGCGGGCCGGGAGCGGGCGGCGCCGAGAGGCACCUGUGGGGGACCGCAGGACUUCACAGCCUCCAGCCAUGCAGCAACUGGCCCUCCCCCUACUGGACCACCCCAGGCCUGAAGGGGAGCUGCUGCUGGUUCUCUCCCCCGUGCCCUGCCCUGCGACCUCUGACCACGCAUCCCUGAUACUGGGCGUUGCCGCCAGCCCAGAGAGGAGCCGUCCACUGGGUUGGCGAGGCUGCCAUCGUCCAUGAGGGCUGGGCCCUGGAUUAUGCCAUCCAAGCCAGCGUGCCUGGGGCACUCAGAGGCAGCACCCGAGCAGCCCACCGCCCAUGGGCAUCUGCACCCUGAAGGCAAAAUGCUCAAGGGGCAGCUUCCAGGCACAGACAAAGACCUCACCCCCUGCCCAGAGUCCCUGCCCACCGACAGCUGUCAGGGCCCAGAGAAGAGUCCAGUGCUCCCUCUGAACAUUCCAGCAAAAGUCAGCAAUGAGGACCCGCAAGCUAAGGCAAAUCCCUUUACCCCAAAGCCACCGACGAGGCCCAGGCUGGAGCGAGCGCUGUCCCUGGAUGAGAAGGGCUGGAGGAGGCGGCGUUUCCGAACCAGCCAAGAGGACCUAGCCUCCCGGAAUGGGGCCAGCCCCUCCAGGGGCUCCUCGCAGGACGAGGCCCCUGGUCCCCCCGCCCCCAGUGGCCCCCCGCCCUGCCUGAGCACCUCCUUGCAGGAAAUCCCCACGUCCCGCAGGCCCCCAGGCAGUAGCCCCUCCCUGUGGGGUAACUGUCUUUCUGGAAUGAUCAGCACUUCCCUGGACCUCCUGCACCGGGACGGCGCCGCAGCCGGGAGCACCCCCAGGCUGGCCGGCGUGCUUCCCCCACGGCCAGUGCCCGCCAUGGAGCAGACCGUGGUCUCCCACUCCCUGCGGACAGCGAACAAGGUGGACGAGGACCACGCCGACUACAAGCUCCGCCUGCAGACCAGGCUGUUCCGGGCCCACAGCAGCCUGGGCCCCGGCCGGCCCCCGAGCCCCCUGGCCUGCGACAACUGUUCCCUUCGCUCGGCCAAAUCCUCCUUCAGCCUCCUGGCGCCCAUCCGCACCAAGGACGUCCGGAGCAGGAGCUACCUGGAGGGGAGCCUCCUGGCAAGCGGGGCCCUGAUGGGGGCCGACGAGCUGGCCCGCUACUUCCCGGACCGGAACAUGGCCCUCUACGUGGCCACCUGGAACAUGCAGGGCCAGAAGGAGCUGCCCCCAAACCUGGACGAGCUCCUGCUGCCCGUUGAGGCCGACUACGCCCAGGACCUCUACGUCGUCGGGGUCCAGGAGGGCUGCUCCGACAGGCGGGAGUGGGAGACUCGCCUGCAGGAGACGCUGGGCCCGCACUACGUCAUGCUGUACUCGGCGGCCCAUGGCGCCCUCUACAUGUCCGUGCUCAUCCGCCGGGACCUCAUCUGGUUCUGCUCAGAGGUGGAGAGCUCCACGGUGACCACGCGCAUCGUGUCCCAGAUCAAAACUAAGGGGGCCCUGGGCGUCAGCUUCACCUUUUUCGGCACCUCCUUCCUCUUCAUCACGUCCCACUUCACCUCUGGAGACGGGAAGGUCAGCGAGAGGCUGGUGGACUACACCAAAACCAUCCAGGGCCUCGCGCUGCCCAAGAACGUGCCGGACACCAGCCCCUACCGCUCCGACUCAGCGGACGUCACCACCCGGUUUGAUGGGGUCUUCUGGUUUGGAGACUUCAACUUCCGCCUGAGUGGGGGGCGCAUGGCCGUGGAGACCAUCCUGAAGCAGGACCUGGGGGUGAACGUGCCAGCCCUGCUGCAGCACGACCAACUUACUCGGGAGAUGAAGAAAGGGUCCAUCUUCAAGGGCUUCCAGGAGCCAGACAUCCACUUUCUCCCAUCGUACAAGUUUGACAUCGGGAAGGACUCCUACGACACCAGCUCCAAGCAGAGGACGCCCUCCUACACGGGCUGGGCAUCCCCCAGCACGCCUAGCCCCGUCCAGUGCCCAGAUGCCUCCAAUACAGUGGGCUCCCGCAGGUGUGGCAUUGGCAGGCGGCCUCUGCCCCAGAGCAGCCUGGCUGGGAGGCAGGCGGGCCGAGCUGUGCAGCAGCACCGCACCAUCGGUCCCCAGCCUGUGGGUCACUUCCUGCAGGACCGGGUCAUGUACAGGAGCCGCCACAAGGACGACAUCUGUCCGGUCAAGUAUUCCUGCUGUCCUGGGAUCAGGACAUCUGACCACCGCCCCGUGUACGGCCUGUUCCGGGUGAAAGUGAGGCCAGGGAGGGACAACAUCCCGCUGGCUGCUGGCAAGUUUGACCGAGAACUGUACUUAAUAGGAAUUAAAAGACGGAUUUCCAAAGAGAUUCAGAGGCAGCAAGUGCUGAAGAACCAGCACUCCAGCACCGUCUGUACCGUUUCUUGAGGAAGCUUGCCAAGGGAGGGCUUGUCACCCACGGUGUGGGAGGUCUGACCCCAAACCCUGGAAGACAGAAGAGGUUGCAGUUCGGGGCAUCUGGCCCUCCUUGGGGUGCAGGUGAACCGCUGCGGGCUGGCCUACCUCCUUACCAGGACCCCAACAGGAGGCUGCAGGCUGGAGUGAGCACCGGCCCUGAGGGCCUGGUGUCCAUCCCUGCUUGCUCACCACAGCCCGACUCACGCCCCUCAGGGCAGGCCAGCACCCGCCACACCUCCGGGCACUCUCGGUGGCACACGUCAAGUCAGGGCUGCCCGGAGCCAGUGUUUGCUGCCACUCCCGUGUGUCAAUCCGCAUCCUCCCAGCAGCCCUCCUCAUCUGAGCUCUGGUGGCCCAGCACUGGGGGAGGCUGCUCUGGGGCGGGUGACCCUGGGCCUCAGGUCCCAGGGGCGCACACUAGGACCAGGCUGAGGCUGAGUCAGUCAAAGCCGACAGGAGGCCAAAGCCAGCCGACCUCCCACGAGGGAGCGUGGUGCCCGAUGCUGGGCUGGGACCAGGAGGGCCCCGGCCAGCGUUCCAGGGCCGCAUCCUGGUCUCAGGUCUGGGCUCCCGACUCCGGCCACCACCUCUCUCCUGUCCUGUUUUGGUAACUUCAGACCAUUUGCUCCGUAACAUCAGCCACGAGUGGCGUUGAUGUAAGUGGUGCGUUUCCUGGCCUGAGAAGCUGUUAGAAUGUCAGCACCUUGCCAACCUAGGCCGGUGCCCACUAACCACAUCCUGGAUCUUUUCUUAAACGGUUUAGGGCCCAUUAUUGCUCUGAGUCUUAUCCCAUCUCUUGAAAAAGACAAAGGCUUUGAAUGUGGGGAAAUCCAGGGGCAUUCAACCUAGCAUUUUAAAUUAUUUAUUUUUCCAUAUUUAUAUUUUUAAAUAAAUGUAUAUAUUGAAUCUUAAA